CAUCCUGGUGACGGGUGGCAGCGGCUUGGUGGGGAGAGCCAUCGAGAAGGUGGUGGCUGAUGGAGAGGGGCGGCCGGAUGAGGAGUGGAUUUUCGUGUCCUCCAGAGACGCCGACUUGACGAAUGCCACGGAGACCAAAGCCCUCUUUGAGCAGCACAAGCCCACCCACGUCAUCCACCUGGCUGCCAUGGUCGGGGGCCUCUUCAAAAACAUCCGCUACAACCUGGAUUUUUGGAGGAGAAACAUCCACAUCAACGACAACGUCCUGCACUCGGCCUACGAGACGGGGGUGCAGAAGGUGGUCUCCUGCCUCUCCACCUGCAUCUUCCCGGACAAGACGACGUACCCCAUCGAUGAGAGCAUGAUUCACAACGGGCCACCUCACAGCUCCAACUUCGGCUACUCCUACGCCAAGAGGAUGAUCGAUAUCCAGAAUAGGGGCUACUUCGAGCAGCACGGCUGCCGCUUCACCGCCGUCAUCCCCACCAACGUCUUCGGGCCGCACGACAACUUCAACAUCGAGGACGGCCACGUCUUGCCGGGGCUCAUCCAUAAGGUCUACCUGGCCAAAGAGACCAGCUCAGCUCUGACCGUCUGGGGCACGGGCAAGCCCAGGAGACAGUUCAUCUACUCCCUGGACUUGGCCCGGCUCUUCCUUUGGGUCCUGCGGGAAUACGAUGAGGUGGAACCCAUCAUUUUGUCAGUGGGAGAAGAAGAUGAAGUCUCCAUCAGGGAGGCAGCAGAGGCGAUUGUGGAGGCCAUGGACUUCAGGGGAGAGCUUGUUUUCGACACCACGAAGGCGGACGGGCAGUUCAAGAAGACGGCCAGCAACGCCAAGCUACGGCGCUACCUGCCCGGCUUCCAGUUCACACCCUUCAGGCAAGCCGUGAAGGAGACCUGUGCCUGGUUCAGCGCCAACUACGCCAACGCCAGGAAGUGACAGGCCAAUGCGGCACCGGGACCGGCAUCACCCGGCACCAUCCUCUUCA